AUGUGGUCUCAAAACCUAGCCGUUCUGGCCUUUUUAGGCCUAAUUUCCAUCGUUUUUGGGAUUUUGGAUGGAGAUCCGGUGGAAUGGGCGAGGCAUGGGUAUUUGGUCAAGGUAAGGUUGACUUUUAAAGUUUUUUAAAAAUUUUAAAAAAAUUUUGAUUUUUGGUUGUUUGGCUAAAAAUAGCAAGAACUUUCUUUACAAAACAAAAAAUGGCAAAAACUUUCUUUACAAAACAACAAAUGGCAAGAACUUUCUUUACAAAUUAAAAAAAUGCCUUUUGUCGUAUAACAUGUCACCCACAGGCUGCAAAACGUAAAAUUUGACGAAAACGAUACGGCGUAUUUUAUAAAAAGCAUCAUAUCACAAAUUGUGUGCCUUUACCCAAGAGUUACAUAAUUUUAUUUAAUGAUAUAACCACAUAGCCUUAGGUAAAUUGUAAGAAACCGUAUUACGCAACCUUUUCUUACGUAAUAUGCGCAACUUUUGUAAUAUUUGCCUCGAUGUAAAACGACCCAACAAAUUACUGCGGGUAUAAGAAUUUUACUGCUUUUAAGCCAACGCAACAUUUUGAAAAAAAAUUGGCAAGAACUUUCUUUACAUAACAAAGAAUGGCAAAAACUUUCUUUACAAAACGAAAAAUGGCAAGAACUUUCUUUACAAACUCAAAUUUCACAAAAAUAUCUCUUUUUCAUUUCAAAAUUUUGAAAUUUUAGGUAAUUGGCAAAGCCGCAAAUGGCAAAGGUAAAGCGUGUACUGGAGCCAUAAUCUCCGGGAACUUCAUUCUAACUUCACCUGAGUGCGUUUGGGAUCCAGAAAUUGAGCAAAAGUAUGUAAAUGCAACUCAAGACCCAGCUCAACGUAUUUUAGAGCAAUUUUUUUAAAGUGGAAAUUUGGUGGACGUUUUAUAAUAUAAUUUGCACUAAAAUCUUCCACCAAACUUCCAUCUCUAAAAAGUGUUAAAACGUUGAUUUUUGACCAAAAUAAGCAUUUUUAGAAAUGGAAUUAAUGUGGAAGAUUUCCAGUGUAUUUUGCACUGAAAAUCUUCCACUUGACUUCCACUUUCUUAAAAAGCCGUAAUUUCUUCAUUUAAACUGAAAAAGUAUAAAUGGUAGAUAAAGGACACGUAUUUUACAUUAAAACUUCAUUUUUUACUUUUAGCAUUGAAGAAUUUGCCAUUUUGACAUCUCUGCGAACUUACAGUAGACGUCUGAUGGGUCUUUUGCUUAUGAAAACGGAAAAAUGGGCGGUGCUUCGGAUCAAGGAGAUCGACAGCAGUGUUGUAGGUGUUUACCACCUCAUUUUUACAAUUUUUCAUUUUUAUCCACCCCCAAAACUUUUGUUUCCAAAAUUUUUUUGGAAAAAUUAAUUUACUCGGCCCAUUUUUUUUACUUUUUACCCUGCCCUAUUUUUUUUUGCAUUUUUUACCCCGCCUGGUUCUUUAAAUUUUGUUUAGCCUUCAUUUAAAAAAUUUUACAUGCCCAACCUCAAAAAAUUUUUUCAAAAUUUACCCCGCCCGAAUUUUUUUAGUUCUUACUUUGCUCAAUAGUUUGAAACUUUAUUUAAUCCUAAGUUUAAAAAUUUUACAUCACCGCCACUUCCAAAAAAAUUUUCAAAAUUUACCCCGCCUGACUUUUUUUUAAUUUUUCCAUUUAAACCUGCCAACUUACCCAUAUUUUUGCCCUACCCAUAUUUUUACCCUCGUCCAUGUUUUUACCCCGCCUUGAUUUUUACCCCGCCCGGAUUUUUACCCUGCCCGGAUUUUUACCCCGAGUUAAUUUUCACCCCACCCGGAUUUUUUUCCCUGCCUGGAUUUUUAUCCCGCCCAUAUUUUUACCAUGCCCAAACUUCAGCUAUGCCCACCACCCCCACAACCGCCACGUGUUCUUCGUAUGAACAUUGUCCCUUCCUUGACAAAACAAGUCAUGAUCGAUGUCACCGAAAAUGACAUAUUAUACAGUAAAUGCUACCUGCUUGGCUUCAAAACUGAAGAUCGUGAGUUUACCUUACAAAUUUGAAAUUUUAUUUUAAAUUUAAAAUUUUUAGCUGACAAAUUCUACGGCCAAAAGAAGGUUUAUCGUUUGGACUUGAAUCCUCUGAAGGAACCACGCUACGGUGAAGACUUGUACCACAGUAAAAUCGACGAUGGUUUUACUGCUUGUUACGUAAGUUAUACCCUACCCAACUCAGCCUACUCUACCAUACCCUACCCUACCCUACCGCCUACACCCAUGCUCUACUCGGCCCUCAUCGCUCUACCCCCAUACUCUACAAUACAUUUAUACGUUAUACCCUACCCAUGCCGUACUCCCAUACCCUACCCACAUACCCUACCCACACACCUUACCCCUAUACCCUACCCUACCUUACCUCCAUACCCCAACCCCAUACCCUACCGUAACUUACCCCACCCUACCCGAACUUACCCUACUCUACCGUAACUUACCCUACCCUACCGUAACUUACCCUACCCUACCCGAACUUACCCUACUCUACCGUAACUUACCCUACCCCAAAAUUGCCUCCUUUUAAAACAUCAUUGCAUCUGCCAUACCCAAAUAAAACACCUCCAAGCACACCAUACCCUAAAGCCUUACCAUGCCGUACAAUUCCAGGAAGACGUCGGUUCUCCAUUGAUCUGUAACACCUUGGAAAAGGGUACCAUGGUAGUGGGACUCUUCAAAAGCCUGAACCACCUUGUUCCCGACAAUGCUACUGAAUUAACCACUCCCGAAUCCACGAUUGAAGCCGCCUGUAGCAAUGCCUACGAGAUGAACUUUGACUUCAUCGUGAAUGACGAACGCUUCUUGAAGUUGAUCGAAGAUCACGGUAUCUCAUCCUAUGUCAAUGCCUACAAGGCUUGUGGCUUCAUGAACAGUGACGAUGAAGCUUGA